AUGGUGGGUAAGAAGAGUGGGAAGGCUCUCCUAAGGGAGGAAGGCCUCGAGCGUACUGACAACAAUAUGGAACAAAGUUCGUGGCCAGUCAUACAGCCUAUUAACCAAAAGAAUUACUACGUCGAUUUCCUCAAGCGAGAUGAGCAGUUCCUUGCGGUCAGAACGCAACAAGAUGAAGCACGAUUACGGAUGAUUAAGAAUGCGAAAGAUCGAGAUCGGGCUCUUGCUCACGGCGGCAAGGUGAACGAAGAUGGGGACGUGGAUAUGGACGAGGACGAUGAAGAAGAGGAGGAUGAAAUCUCCGCCGGAAACAGAACUAUUGUAAUACAUCCUGGAAGCGAGAACUUACGGAUUGGACUCGCGAGCGACCUUUUGCCGAAGACUGUGCCCAUGGUUAUCGCUCGGAGAGCACAAAUGAGUGAAAUGGAGGAGGACGAUGGUGAACCUGCGCCGAAACGACGGAAACUUGACAGUGGCCUUGUUGAGCCGGUACCCGAGAAGAGGUUUGGCGAAGCCUUUGCAGCUAAGUUUGUGGCGGCUUCAAACGAACUCAAAGUGCGAAUGCGCAUGAACAAGCUCAAGGUCCUUCCACAGUCACGAGACAUGGUGGUCAGCUACAACAGAAGGGCGACAUAUGAGACCAUCAACGAGCACAACGAUACUAUGCAUAUCGAUUGGACCGACGUAAGCAAAGAACCAACCUAUGUGGCAGGAAAUGCAGCUUUGCGCAUACCAGACGAAUCAAAACCUAGAUACAAACUUCACUGGCCUAUACGGCAUGGAUGGGUCAACGAGAAGGACUACGACUCAACACGGAAUCUCUACAAUGACAUUGGUCUGAUCAUUGAGGAUUCCGUGCGCACAGAGCUCAAACUUGAGAUCAGGACGCGCAAGGAUUGGGCUCAAUACAACUGUGUCAUCGUAAUUCCAGACUACUACGAGAGGACGUAUGUUACCCAUCUACUUGACCUAGCGAUUCAAGAUCUCGGCCUCGCACGUGUUUGCUUCAUCCAGGAAAGCUUGGCUGCCUCCUUCGGCGCCGGGUACACCACAACUUGUGUGGUAGAUAUCGGUGCUCAGAAGACAUCUGUUUGUUGUGUCGAGGAUGGCAUGGUGAUCGAAAACUCACGUGUCAACCUCAAAUUUGGUGGACAUGAUGUUACGGAUCAGUUUGUCAAGAUGAUCAUUUACAACCAUUUCCCAUAUGCCGACGUCAACCUCAAGCGAAGGUACGACUGGCUGUUAGCUAAUGAGCUGAAGAAGAAAUACAGUACAAUAGUAGAGCCAGAUAUCUCAGUGCAGCUAUAUGACUUUCACCUACGAGCUCCGCGCCAGGACACUCGUAAAUAUAGCUUCAAGAUUUACGAUGAGGUUGCUUUGCCGAGUCUAACUCUUUUCAGACCCGAAUUAUUCGACCACAAAGGCAAGCUUGAUGGACGGCGGCGACUCAUUAGCAAAUCCUAUGACACCUACGAUGGAAAAGCUAACGACCCGACUUCGACCGCACAAGGCGAGAUUCUCAAAGCGUUGGUUCCACCCGAACCAGUUCCCGAAGCUCUGAAACCCAGGCCCAACGGUAUAAACGGUCUUGUCAGAGACGAGACUGACUCUCGACGUCCUUCGAUAGCACGUAUUCAAGAGCUGGAGAACGGCACUCCAACGCCAUCUGGUGCAAGUUCACCAAUUCGUAGAGCUACUCCUCCGAUUGACAACGGUACUCCACGCCAUACCGAGAACGGAACUCCGAUGCCUGGCGAUGACUCGCUGCUCAGGCCUGGGGGCGAUGAUACAAUGAUGGACACUACAGAACACCACUAUCCGACACCACAACAGCAAGAUCCUUUCUACCUCGAACGACGCGACGAUAUCCUUCCGAUAUACCCUCUUGCGUAUGCCAUAACAAGCUCUAUCAACCACGCUGCUCGUGGUAGUCCCGCCAAGACGAAAGACCUAUACAAUUCUCUUCUCCUUGUUGGCGGUGCUUCAAAGACUGCCGGCAUGGGUGCUCAUAUGGAGAUCACAUUACAGGGAAUACUCGCUGAGACUGGCUACAGUAGAGAAGUGGUUGUGAGUCGUCCACCAAGAGAGUUAGACCCCGAAGUUGUGACAUGGAAAGGCGGUGCUGUUUUCGGAAGAAUGAGUAAAACAAACGACAGCUGGGUCACCCCCUUCUUGUAUGAGAGGUUAGGUGAACGAGUAUUGGCUAGCAAGUUGAUGUGGGCCUGGUGA